AAUAAGAGGCCGACUUAAAAUCAAUUUUGUUUUUUUGUUUUGAGUAAAUUGUGUGGAUAAUAGAGACAGAUUGUUUACUUAGCGUGCACUGAAAGUGUAUGGCAAUGUAGUGCCAAGCAGCCUAUACGAAAUGCGUCUGCGGCGCCGCUGGCAUCGGCGGAUGCGGCGUACAAUUGAGAAAAUCUAUCGGCUUAAGAUGCAGUCGAGACGUAAACUAAUUUUCUUAGCACUAUUUGGAGGGUUAUGCUUGCUGCUCUGGGUAGCAGGGCAACAAAUUUUUACUGCUUCAGAUAGCCACGAAAGUAGAUAUUAUAGCGAAACUCAUUGUGCACCCAUAGACGCCGUCUAUACCUGGGUAAAUGGAUCUGAUCCCGAUUUCAUAGAAUCGGUUCGAAGAUAUGACGCCAGCUACGAUCCCUCACGAUUUGAUGACAAAAAUGAGCUAAAAUAUUCGCUGCGCUCAUUGGAGAAGCAUGCUAGCUGGAUAAGGCAUGUGUAUAUUGUUACCAAUGGCCAAAUACCCAGCUGGCUGGAUCUGAAUUACGAAAAAGUCAGCGUGGUGCCACACGAGCUGCUCGCACCGAAUCCUAAGCUAUUACCCACAUUUUCUAGUGCUGCCAUUGAAACAUUUUUGCAUCGUAUACCAAAGCUAUCAAAGAGGUUUCUAUAUCUGAAUGAUGAUAUCUUUUUGGGUGCACCACUCUAUCCGGAAGAUUUGUAUACGCAGGCGGAUGGCGUGCGUGUCUAUCAGGCUUGGAUGGUGCCCGACUGCGCAUUGGACUGUCCCUGGACCUAUAUAGGAGACGGUGCUUGCGAUCGGCAUUGUAACAUAGAUGCGUGCCAGUAUGAUGGCGGUGAUUGCAGUGAGGGUGGCAUAGGAGCAGCAGCAGCUGGCCAACUGCAAGAGGAGCUGCAUAAUGCAGCUGAAGCAGUGGCUCCUGUGGCUCAUUCGCCUGUUCAUAAGUUUCCCAAUAUGGGCUUGCAGCAGCUCUUCAAGCGCAGCUCCACCAACUUCAAGGAGUUGAUGAAGCAUCGCAAUGUCUCCACUUUGUUGGAGCUGCGUCGGAUUGUGGAGCGCUUUAAUAAGGAUAAGCUUAAGUCCCUGAACCCUGAGUUCGAUGUAAGCAGCACUAGCGCCAGCAAUUUGCUGCACAAGGAAGACUUCAAAUCCUCUACAGACAUUUACUCGCAUUCACUAAUAGCCACCAAUAUGCUGCUCAAUCGCGUCUAUGGCUUCAAGGCACGCCAUGUGCUGGCCCAUGUCGGCUUCCUCAUCGAGCGUAACAUUGUCGAGGAUAUGCAGCAACGUUUCCAGCAGGAGGUGCAGCAGACGGCUGAACAACGCUUUCGAGCGGCGACAGAUUUACAAUUUGCUUUCGCAUAUUAUUCAUUUCUGAUGAGUGAGACACAAACGCUGAGCGUCGAGCAAAUCUUUGAUGAAUUCGAUACGGAUGGUUCGGGCACCUGGUCGGAUCGAGAGGUGCGCACGUGCCUAACACGCAUCUAUCCGCCACCGUUGGAUUGGUCGGCGAUGCGCUACUUCGAGGAGGUGGUGCAGAAUUGCACGAGGAACAUGGAAAAGGAUGGGAACAGCAAUAAGAUUGUGCAUUCCACCUUGGUCUACGAACGCUACGAGGAUUCGAAUUUGCCCACCAUAACCCGCGAGCUGGUCUAUCACUGCCCCUUGCUUGCAGAAGCUCUGACCGCCAAUUUCGGCGUUCGCUCCAAAUAUCGCUUUCAUGUCAGUCCGAAACGCGCCUCGCAUAGCAACUUUAUGAUGCUUACCUCGAAUCUGACAGAGGUUGUCGAGGCGCUCGAUCGCAUGCGUCGUAAUCCGCGUAAAUUUAACUGCAUCAACGACAAUUUGGAUGUUAAGCGUGGCGACGACAAUGAGCUAGUGCGUCAUCUUCUAGAGGAUUUCUAUUUAUCCUUUUUCCCACGUCGGAGCAAAUUUGAGCUUCCGCCUCAAUUUCGAAAUCGUUACGUCUCCUGGACCGAUUAUCAACGUUGGCGUCGACGCAAGCGCGCCGUCCUCGUGGUUGGCUAUGGUGUCAGCCUGCUUCUGGUCAUCUUUCUGCUACGUUUGCUCUGCCAGCACAAGGCGAAGAUCGUGCGCCGUUGUGUGCAGCGACUGUAGACGAUACACAUAUAUUUACUGAUAUUAAUAUCAGCCUUAAGGUUGUAUUUCUUUUGCUUUACAUUUCAUUUCAUUCAUAUUGUGAUAAGUUCAAUUGAGAUAUACGCCAUUUCAGUUCUAGUUAUAUAGAAUAUAGAGCUCUGACUGUAUCUAAUUUAAGCGCAAUCAUGAGGCUAACGUUAAGCGUAGCAAACUGAUAAAUCUCUUAAUUCGA